AUGAACUCGAAUGUUGCCAGGUGGGAGCUGGGCCAGCAGCCACACGACGCGAGAUGGGCGAAUCAGUAUCCCGAGGCGUCCCAUGCGUCUCUGCCAUAUGCGUUCCCUGAAGAGCCCGUUUCGCGCCUUGCUGAGGGCUUCGACCAACUAUCGCUGAAGAAGGUGCCGAGGACACGCACUUCCCCCGUAGCCACGCGCUCGAAAAUCACACGCCAUGGCUCCCACAACGGACCCAUACGACCGUCGUCUAGCGGAGGAGAAGCGGGCAUGCCUCCGAGCCGACCGUUUGCCUCAGCCCGUCGCACGGGGUCGUACUCACAGCCCACACCUCUCGAAGAGUUCCGGGGGUCGAGACCAUGGCCUCCACGCGGACACAGACAGGGCGACGCGCUCGAUGCGCGCCAGGCUGAGGAUUGGAUAUGUGCCGGAGCGUCUACGUUCAAAGGCUACGGAGAAGCGAUACAGAACGCGCCGGCAGGCUACCACCGCUUCUAUGCUGUCAUGGAUCGCGAACACCAGAGCAGAACAGACCGGGCGCCCUUCCAGAAAGACGCAUACCGGGACAUUUCUCUCAACCUGCUGGGCGCAGCAGAAAGCCAGUUUCCUUGGUUGUCUCUAGAACAGCCGUGUAUGGCAUAUGCGUUUGGAAAGAGUGCUGGAACGUCCACGUUGAAUCACUGGGUCAGCAAGUCUGGGAGCCAACCAGCUCCGAGCAAGCGGACGAGCGAAGCAACGCCCAGGAGGAUGAAGCUCCUGCAGAUCUUGGAUCGGUUGCAGAGGUUGGAAGGAGGGCUCGGGGAAGAUAAACCGGACGAGAUGCAACACUACCUCUACAGCUCGCUCAUCGAAGAUCCCGCACGUCUCCAUGGUCGCCCUUUCAUGAGCAUCGAGCAGCAGAUCCAGGACCUCACCGACAUACUGCUGAAUCCGCAGUGGAUAGAUUUCUCGAACCCAAAGCAUCAGGUCGUGGCCAAGUGGUUUGAUUCACCAGACCAGCGCAAGAAACAGGACUUCUUUCACCAGCUGCUACUCUCCGUUGAACUGUAUCUACGCAUACACUCGCAACAGCACAACCACAAACACAAGCGGAGAUUGAUACCCGAGCUGCACCCUACGAUUGCUUGGGACCUUGCGGUUGCACAGCGUUGGCUAGAAAACAUGUCGAUUACGAAAACGCGCACUUCUACCACGCAGAGCACGUUUAGCUUUAAGCUCAAAAGCAAGAGCAGACAGCGGGAAGCCCUGCGGCUGUUCGCAGCGACGCUGAAGUGGCCCAACAUGGACGAAAUCGAGUACGUUCUCGAUGAACAAGACCCGGGCGAGAAGGCUCUCGAGGACCGCUCGGCAGACGCCAUGUCCUGGUUCUCCGGCAUCCUACUGCCGGGCAGAACGCUUCCCUGGCUGAUUAUGAAUAGCCUGAUAGACUGCGAUCGCGAUACGGGCGACGCCCUGAAAUACCUCACCCACAUGCAGCCCGCAUCAGGCUUUCAGUAUCGGGCAAACACGUACUGGUCCAGCUGCUGCAUUGUGGGGAAAGUACUCGGCGCUGCGCGCGGCGUCAAGCAGAUUGCUGGCUGGGUGGGACCGUGCAUCUACACGCCAGACCUCAAGCGCACCGAGUGCGUCAAGGUCAAGCAGUACGAAUCGCCUGAGCCGCGGCUGACCGAAGACGACGUCGUAUCCAUGGAGGAACGUUCCAACCCCCUAGGUCCAGUGGACGAGACGUAUCCCGUGGACGACUACGAAACGGCCAUGCCAGACACGGAGGAUGUAACGGAUCUGAUUCGGAUCGAGAAGCUGGGCUUCAUGCCCGCAAAGGAGCAGCCGUCGUCGACACGCAACCUGCCGGGGGCACCGCUGGUGUUCGAUGCCGCGAUCCAUUUCGCAUGCGGCGGGAGCAGCUGGCCGUUGAGGUUGAAGUACGAUGUCAGCUUCAUCCAUGCGUUCCCUUGCCAUCAGGGCCCGCACGUCCUCUUCUACGACUUCGCCUACACGGCCAUCAAGAUAGACGACGGCCUCGUCGAUGUGCGCGACUGGGGCCAGCAGAGCGGCCGCGCAAGACGCCCCAGCCCCCGGUCCUCUCCCAACAAGAAGAAGAAGAAGAAGAAGAAGAAGGAGGCGGUUGAGGAGAGGGUGUCUGCACACGAGCAGGUCACCCGCGUCCUGGCCAUCGAAGCACUCGGCGUCAGCGACAACGAAGUCUUUGCGCGCGCAUGGUGCGCGCAUCAUGGAUUCAGCGCGGUGGUGGCCAACACAAAGGAGACGUGCAUGGCUUGUGCGAUCAGGGAGGCGUAUGCGGCCUGCGUGCGUGUCGUUAUACUGACCGAGGGCGGGAAAGAACGGGAGAGCGAUGCGUGA